AUGAAUUCCCUCAGGCCACUGGCACGCCUCGCAAGAGCCACUGCCAAACCUACAUUUAUCCCAUCAAACGCCAUUUCUCUUCCGUUCCACGCCGUCGCCGACAAAUGCCACAUUCACAACUCUUCCAAAAACAGAUUAGCAGCAGUUGCAGAGGCAGUUCCAACACAUGGCUUCCCACAACCACUCAACCAUGCACCACCCUUGGCGACGCCCCGGCUUAACAUCUGGGAGCACGCACACAAACCAACCUUUUACAGAGCCAUAGGCGACAUCAUGGAGCUGCGAGACCGGUAUCUGGAGGAGCGCAACAUAUUCGUCGACAGCCGCCGCAUGCUGCCGCUGCUCCGGGCACUGGGUGCGCGUGAGGAGGACUUUGAGUUGCUCCAGCUGGUCAGCGACAAUCUCUACCAUGACCCGACGCUCCCGUUCCGGCGGUCGCGCAACGGUCGGUUCUGUUUUGAUUUUGGUACCAGCACGGUCCGUCGGCUCGAGUUCCAGCCGUUUGCGCUGUCACUUGAGGAGGAUUUCAAGCGGCACGACAGCGGACAGGUUCGCAUAUUCGACGAGGUCCAGGACGAGCUCCAGCUCAACACGGCCUUCCAAGCGCUCAUGGUCUUCAAGGCUCUGAUCUGCCACGGCGUGUCGACGGUCCCGCGGCCGCAGCUCAACUACGAGUCGGAGAAAUGGGUAUGCACGCUUUUCAACCUCCGGACCGUAACUACGCCUUCCAUGCUGGGUGAGCCGGCGCUAGAGGGCGUGCACACCGACGGGGUGGACCACACCAUGACUACGUACCUGGGAUCGCGCAACAUGGCUCCUGGCAGUGCCAUGACGCUUGUCCAUGACAUGCGCGAAACGACGGGGACCAAAUUCACCGAGACCAAGCACGAACUGCUGCGGGGGCGCGCCCAGCACUGCCGUUUCUUGGACACGCUCCUCGUAGCCGACAAUGAGCGCAAGCACAGCCUGUCACCCGUCUACGCUGUCGAUCCGGAGAGGGAGGCUACGAGGGACAUGCUCAUCUUCUUCACGAGGCGGCCGGUCAGGAGGGACACGGGCCACAUCUCAAGAGAUAUCGACUCAUUCAGGCCGCAUGCAGAGCUGCCUAUGGAGGUGCCGCUCUUUGUCCCUGGCCUAGGGAGGUUUUGA